GCAUUCCUCCCCGUUGUCUCCCCGUCGUUGUGCGGGCCUUUCGAAUCGGACGCCAGCAUACCCAAGCAUUUUGGUGGCACUUCUCCUUUUUCCCAGCCUUAUGGAUGGAGCAGAUGGGUCGUUAUCGCAGGCAUCCCCAACCGCCAAAAGCGACGCCCAAGAACUGACGGCCUCGCCCCACACCACCGUCGGCGACGGAGGAGUGUCCGCAAAGGGCGACGACGCCGCCGAGGCCCAGCCCAAGGCGAAGCGCAGACGCGUUGCUGUCGCUUGCAAGAGCUGCCGCUACAGAAAGUCCAGGGUACGUUGAGACUUGCAUUCGUCGCCGUCUAGGUGUUGCACCUGUCAAAGAUCUUGCAUGUGUGGUCUGGCUUCCCGACGCUCUGGAUCGCCCCCAGUGGGCUUAGUGUCCCCCCUCCCCAGAUGUCAUGAUAUCUCGACUAACUAAACUUACCCUCCGGCUAUCUCGUCCUUGCAUGAGCGUCUGCUUUGCCUGAGCACACAUCACCUGACGCAAGACAUUCACGCAUCUAUCUUUCUGAUUUUCGUUCCCUGCUGACUCGACCUGCGCGUCAAAGUGCGAUGGAAUCCGGCCAAAAUGCUCGACCUGCCAGGACCUGGGCUUCGAGUGUGAAUACAGCUCCAUUGAAACCAACAAGCCGUUUCCACGCUCGUUCACAGACACGCUGGCGACCCGUCUCGGAGCCGUAGAGGAAGCCCUCUUUGCUCUCACGUCGAGAGUCGAUCGACACGAUGCCCAAAUUGCAGCCGCAAGACGGGAUGCAAUACUUGGAAAUGGAAGAGUGACUGCCGGCUCUGCUGGCACGUCGACACCCCACGAUGUGUCGGCGAACGACAGCGCAAUCCUCCACGAUGCCACGGAUGGCAUGGGCGCCGUGAGUUUCUCGGAGGAGGAGAACACCGGUUUUUUCGGACCCAGUUCAAACAUUGCCUUCACAAGGCAAAUUGUGAGGGCCGUGAAGGCAACCCUGAGAAACCAGCCAUUGCAGCCUAGGAGGUACGGUGUCGAUGACCAACAGCAGCAGAGCCACAUGCUGCACGUAUCCAGACCGCCGUCGCCCCUUCAUCAGCGCGUUGACACGGACGAUUGGCGCACAGAAAACCCGAUAUCGAUGGCACUGCCACCAGAAGACGAGUGUAUGAGAUUGGUACACCAGUACUUUGGCAGGACAGGCGUUUUGUUUCCUUACAUACACGAGGAAAGCUUCGUUGCUACGUACAACUCUUUCAAGGCAACUCAAUUCCGCAAGGUGCGAAGAUCGUGGCUUGGCUUGCUGAACAUGAUACUUGCCAUGGCAACCCGGACUGCUGUCAACAGCAAGCUGUCAGCACAAGAAAGGGAAGAGCAGAGCGACACUUUUUUCGUGCGCGGCUGGCGUCUCUGCGAAAAGCAAGUUAAAUAUUCUCCCAGUCUGGAGAUUGUUCAAUUCCUUCUGCUGCUCAGCCAGUACCUUCAAGGCACGUCUCAGGGCGCCGAGACGUGGAACGCACAUGGUUUGACGGUCAAAUCAGCCUAUCAGCUGGGCCUACAUUCAACCGAUGCACUGAAGCAGUAUCCCCCACUAGAGAGAGAGAUCAGAAAGCGUACCUGGUACAUGUGCAUUCUCCUGGACCGCACGCUAAGCAUGACUUUUGGGAGGCCAUUCGUGAUUCCUGCAAGCUAUAUUAGAGUCCCGCUUCCUGAACCGUAUGAAAUGGAUGCGAGUUUACCCCUUGGGGUCAUGUCCUCAAUUUCAUCGUCGCCGCAGAGCCUCAACUUCUUCAGGGCCACAAUACGGCUUUUCAACAGUAUUUGGAAUAUCAUAGAUUCGCUAUACGGUGGAAAUUUGGGCUGCGGAGAGAUAUCAAGCGUUUUUGAUAUCACGUCACGUCUUCUACACAUCGAACAGGAACUAUUGGAGUGGCAGCGGACGUUACCGCCAGAUAUGACGCUGGUCACUCAUCCGGAACUUAAAAGGGUUCAGACUGAAACCUCGCUACCACUGAGAUUUCGAGUGAUUCUAACACUGAGAUUCAACAACAUUCGCAUAUUAGCGCAUAGGCCGAUUCUCGUCAAGUUCUUAGACGUCAUUGGCGGAUCUGAAGGUGAUACGCAAGAACUUAGCAUGCUGACCCAAGUCGGCAUGGAUAGCGUGCAGACUUGUGUGCACAGCGCAAGCACCAUUCUUGAGAUCGUUGGCUAUUUGGUCAACGCUGGCGAGAUGCGUAGAACGCUGCUCGGCGCAUGGUGGUACACACUAUACUACACUUUUAAUGCUGCACUCGUCAUCUUCUCCGCCCUCUUAAUAAAGCACAUUUCCGCUCGCUCUAGUGCUCGUCCAAUCCCCUACCCACCUUCGGAACUGUCCAAGUCUUUCCUCCGCCAGGCAGUGGACACUCUCAUGGCUCUCGACAACGACAACCGUAUGGUUGAAAAAUGUGCGCGCUACAUCUCAAAACUAUACAACAUCCUUGAGCAGCUCGAGACGGCACCAAUCCUGCCGAGUAAUUUGAAUGGCGCGGCGCACUUGGGUCCCAUUAGCAGUAUACCCAACUACGCCAAUACUAUACUUAAUCCGGUCAGUUCCAAUGGGAAUGGAGAUGCACAGGGUGUUAGUCCCCAGGAUUGGGGAUACAUGGUCCCGAAUGACCCCGCGAAUUUCGGCCUGGACAUGAAUGAGUUCUUGGUGAGUGGAGACUUGGAUCUGCUGGGGCAGAUGGGAGGGCAGAAUUUCCUUUAGAGCGUCAUAGAGCGGAAAAGGAAGGGAAAAGUGUGUGCCUCAUUUUUUGAACGAUGGAUAGGAUUAUUCCUGUUUAUAGAUAACGACGCAUUUAUAGCGCGUCCUGUUUGGGCUUAAAAGCAUUUUGAAAUCGGCGAACUUUGAUCUAAAGUUAUGACGUCUCC